AUGAAUUCAAGAGAGUAUUUAGAUCCAUCCGGACCAAGUGCUCCUCUACUUACGACCGACGACGCCUCUCCCGAACUCCGCUAUGACGAAGAUGAAGCUCCCCCACAAUUUACCUACACAGAAGGCUGGUUCAUAUGGGUUCUGACAUUUUCAGCCGGGAUAAGCGGUCUUCUUUUUGGUUAUGAUACCGGCGUGAUAUCCUCCACUCUCGUCACUAUUGGCACUGAUUUAUCCAAUCGACCUCUGAAUACCCUUGACGAAAGCCUUAUAACUUCGUGUACCAGCCUAUUUGCAUUAAUAGCAAGUCCGUUUACGGGGGUCAUGGCUGAUAAAUACGGUCGUCGGAAAGUCAUACUUGCAGCAGAUGUGCUGUUUGCGCUGGGAGCAUUGAUUCAAUGCUCUACGAGUCAGGUAUGGUUGAUGAUCGUGGGACGUAGUGUUGUUGGUCUCGCAGUUGGCAGUGCGAGUGCUGUCACUCCCCUAUACAUUGCAGAGGUUGCGCCAUCGCAUGCUAGAGGCCGAUUGGUUAUAAUCAUGUGUCUAUUAAUCACCGGUGGACAAGUGGUUGCUUAUGUCGUGGGUUGGUUAUUUUCAAGUACCGGUGGCGGCUGGCGUUGGAUCGUCGGUCUCGGGGCGGCCCCGGCAUUCCUGCAAUUUGCUGUGUUAUUAGCUCUACCGGAGACACCUAGGUGGCUUGUACAGGCUGGUCAUGAUUCACAAGCUGUGUCAGUCUUGACUAGAAUCUACCAGAGUGCACCUGAGGGGGAUCUGGUUGUGCAACGAGUCUUGCGAGAUAUCCGCGGAGAGAUUACCCAAGAAUCAUUGGAGCUGGACCAGAAUAAAACUCCAGAAGCAGAUUCGCACUGGUACCAGGAUGCUUUGCACCGGGCGCGAGCGCUUUUCUAUGAUGGAGGGAGUCGGAGAGCAUUGAUUAUUGCAACGAUGCUACAGGGACUCCAACAGCUCUGCGGAUUCAAUAGCUUGAUGUACUUCUCAGGGAUCAUCUUUCAAGCCUUAAACUUCUCCUCGCCGACACUAACAUCUUUAGCCAUUGCUGUGACCAAUUUCGUUUUCACUCUUCUUGCAUUUGCAUUCAUUGAUAGGAUUGGUCGACGUCGCAUCUUACUGUAUUCCAUACCCGUGAUGAUCCUUGCUCUGGGCUGUUGCUCUCUUGCAUUCUCCUCCAUCGAUAUCUCGUUCGGCUCUCAACCUCCACCUCAAGAGCACAAUGGUGCCGAUCAGAAUAGCUCUUCUCCCUUACUGAUCCUCUUCUGUCUGACCAUCUACACGGCAGCAUUUGCAUUCGGUAUUGGCAAUGUUCCAUGGCAGCAGGCGGAGCUGUUCCCUCUGAACGUUCGAUCACUUGGGUCAGGCCUCGCUACUGCUACGAACUGGGGAUCCAAUUUUAUUGUUGGACUGACCUUCCUUCCCAUGAUGGAAUGGUUAUCUCCUACAUGGACCUUUGUCGUUUACGCGGGAGUAUGCGCCGUGGGAUGGGGAGCUAUACACAGGAUCUAUCCUGAGAUGAGUGGGCUUGGUCUUGAAGAAGUCAAGGGAUUAUUAGCAAAUGGUUGGGGAGUGGGAGAGAGUCUGAGGAGGUCAUAG